CCACAUUUUUUUUUAUCAAACUUGCCAAAACUCUUCUUUAAUUCUCCUUUCUGUGUUUUCAUAUUGAAUCAUAAAAGUAGUUCGAUAUCGAAGAUGGAUAGUACUGACCAUGUUGAUAAUUCAGGUGUGAUGGAACUAACAAAAAACAUCAUGAUAAUGUCAUUCAUAGCUUUAUUCUUCUUCAUAAUCUUUGCUUUGCUCGUCUACUACUUCUCCAACGGACGUCAACAAGCCACGAUAUACACCAACGACCCCGUCUCAGAGCAACAACGUGGCUUGGACGCUUCCUUCUUGAAAACCAUGCGUGUGAUAGUAUUCGACCCAAAAGACUUUAAAGAAGGAUUGGAAUGUGCAGUUUGUUUAUCUGAUUUGGAGGAAGGAGAGGAAGCUCGGAUAUUGCCAAAAUGUGAUCACGCGUUUCAUGUUGAAUGCAUUGACAUGUGGUUUCAUUCGCAUUCCACUUGUCCUGUUUGUAGAAACCCACUCAUAUCUGAUCAAGUGGAAAUCAUACUAGAACAAGAAGAAGAAGCAAUGAAUGCUGCUAUGGUGGAAGAUGAUGAUAAUGCAGAUAAUAAUCAUGAUCAUCAUGAUUCGGGUUCAGAACAAGCUACAUCAUCAUCAAUGCAGGCCGACAAGAAUAGAGAAAGGCCCGAUUUGGUAAUAGAUAUACCGCCAAGGCAAGAGGCUAAUGAGGAAGAUGAUGAGAAAACCCCGGGUUCGUUUUCAAGAUCAAUGAGAUCAUUGAAAAGAAUAUUGAGUAGUAAUUCAAGGUUUAAUCCUUUUAGUCCAAGACCAUAAUCGGCAACAAUGUCUUGUUGCAUAUGCAACUAGUAAAUUCAGAUUGUAAUUCUUUUGUGUAGUCUAUUCCUUAUCAUCUGCUCAAUGUUUGAUCCCAACCGGUUUUAAUAAUUAGUGGCAUAUUCUUCAUAA